AUGGAGGAUUCAGUAGAAGUAUCAAAGCAAGGCACACAAAAAAAUAUUAAAAAUAAAGGGUUUUAAUUAUAAAUUAUAAAAUCGCCUAAAUUAAGGCUAAUCAAUUAGAACGAUGAGAAAGGAGAAUCUAUUUUACCAUUAAAUUUACCUAAAAAUAUAUUAAAAGCACAAGAAAAUUAGGAGUAAUAAAUUCAGUACUAUUAUGAUGAUGAUGGCGACUCAUAAAGACAAGUAAACUAAAAACAUGAAGAAAUAAAAGAUAAAAAAAUAAGCUUUUUAAACAAAUAAAAUCUAAAGUAUAAUUCAGAACUUAUAAAUUACUCAUCUCCAAAAAAUGAUAAUGUACUUGAAAGCGAUUUAGCUACUUCUGAUCUCUUUUUCAAAGAGAAUUGUGAGUUUCCAUAAGCUAUAAAAACUGAUAAAGAUGAAUUUGGUGGUAUUUAAAAUUAGUCAAGCCAUAAUAUAAAAUAGAAUAUUCAGUCGCCUUAACUAAAUUUUUAUUCACCGAAAAAUAUAAAAUAGAAUGAAAGUGCCCUAAGGAAAAAUAGAAAUCAUCAACUAGCUGCUGUUUAGAGGAUGGAGUAAAAAAUAACAUCAAGUUAGAUUUAAUAAUCUGAAUAAAAGUAUCCCGAAAUAAAUAGCUCUUUAUUGAAAAAGCUAAAGCUAAAAAGACAGUUUAAUAGACAAGCUACGACUGAUAAAACAAAUAGUCCUUAAUUUACUUUUAUGGGAUAGCUUAAAUAAAUAAAUAUCAUCAAGAGAUUUAACAAUAAAAUGAAAAGUAGUAUAACAAAAUCAGAUGUUGAUUCAUUAACAACUUUUUAGUUACAAUUACUAAAUGAUUAAAGUCAUAUUGUAAAAAAUUUAACAAAUGGAUUUUCUUAGUUUAAUAUCAAGAAGAAAAUAAAAAAGCUGUUAUCUUAUUUAACUACAAAGAGUAGUUUCUCACCAGAUUCAUCCUUUUUCAUAGUUUGGAAGGCUAUUUUAGUAAUAACAUAUUUGAUAACAAUUUUUGAUGUUCCAUUAUAGUUUUUAAAUUAAUACUAAGAAAUGGGAUCUGUUGGAUCAUCUCUCGCUUUUUAUUAUUUACCUAUAUGCGUAUUAGUAUGUGAAAUAGGAUUAAAUUUUAACACAGGAUUCUAUAGAGAAGGAUAAAUUGUAGAAGACAAAUAAGAAAUAAUAGAAAAUUAUUUGAAACUUUAAUUUUGGUUGGAUUCAAUAACAGUAUGUGGAUUCGCAUUAUCUCAAUAUUUCCCUUAUGCAAAAGUGUUGUUUCUUAUUCGCAUUUACAAUUUUUUUAUUUAACUGAGGUAGUUUGAGGAUAGAGCUCAGUUUAUAUAAUAAUUUCCUUCAGUGUGGACACUUCUUAAAUUGUUUUCUCUUAUUUUUUUUGUAGCUCAUUACUGUGGUUGUGGGUUUACAAUAAUUGCUUACCUUGAGCGAAUAAAUGAUUCCAGUAGCAUUACUUGGUUAGUUAAAUAUGGUAUAUAAGAUGAUACAUGGCAAGUCUAAUAUAUUUAUUGUUUGUAUUUCAGCUUUAUCACUAUGAUCACUGUUGGAUAUGGAGAUGUAGUACCUUAAACAAAUAUUGAGAGAGUGUAUGUAAUAUUAAUGACUUUGAUAUCAGCUGCCGUUUUUGGUUACUCUAUCAAUACUAUCGGAGCAAUAUUCUAAGACAUAGCAUCUAAAUCUAUUAGCUACAGAAUAUUAAAAAGAGAUAUUGGCUACUAUAUGAGAGCACGUGAUAUAGAUUCCUAACUCUAAGCAAAAGUAUAUUAAUACAUUAGCUAUUAUCAUCUAGAAGCUGCUUAAGAAUAUUAAUAAACAGAAGAAAUUUUAGGUAAACUUUCCCAAGAUUUAAGGUUAUAGAUUUAAAAAAAUUAUUUCGGGAAAGCACUUUCUUCUUCAUAUUUUUUAUCUUCUAACUUUUCUCCUUAAUUUAUAACUGAACUUACAUUUAAAGCUAAAGAAGCUUUUUACAGAUAAGGUGAUUAUGUAUUUACAAAAAAUGAUCUAGAUUAAAGACUUCUCAUUAUUACUAAGGGAAUUUGUUAACUAACAUUUCACCAUCCAAUUUUGAAAGAUAUUACUUUAGUCAAAAUAGAUAAAGGCGAUAUUGGAUCUAAAGGAUUCAUCACAGGUUAACCAAGAGAAGUUUCUUUAAAAACAAUGAGCCAUUGUACAUUUGCCUAUAUAACAAUAAGUGAUUUUUUGCUAACAAUAAAAUAGUAUCCUGCUGACUAUGAAAAAUUUUGUAUGCUGAAAGAUACGAUGUCUUUAUAUGAAAAUGAAAAUGACUAAAAGCUUCAUUGCUUUUCCUGCAAAAAAUAUGGACAUGGAAUUAUGAAUUGCCCAUUUAUUCAUUUAAAAAAAUCAAAAGAGAUUGCCAUAUAAAAAUAUUUAUUCUCUCCUUGUUAAUCUAGAGAAAUAAAAUAAAGAGGAAGGUUUAAAUGGAAAAAUAUAUAAGAUAUUGAUAUAAUAAAGCAUGACUUAAAAAGUUUUAGAAUUAAUGCUAUCCAGUCAACUUUAAAAGAAGAAGAUCAACAUUUAAUUGAAUUGAUUGAUAAAAAAGAUAAAGAAUUUUUCCUCAAUAUUGAAUGUUUUGCUUACGAUCAAAAUACAAAAAAAUUUAUAAUAGAUCCAAAAUAACCAUAUCUAUAUCCUGAUGAUGAUGAUGAAGAAGAAGAAGAUCUAGAAGAGUUAGAAGAAGAAUCUGAGGAGAGCUUAAGUUCUCUAAGUGAUUAUAAAGGAUCAAUAAUUUUAGAAGACUCAAAAUUAACUUAGAGAUAAGAUCAUCAUAGAUAUAUGAAUAAAUCUAGUAUUAAAGCACAGAAAAAUGCCAGUCUUAAAAACAUACAAAUUUAUGAUGAAAAUUAAAAAACCCCAAAAAUAAGUAACUAAAAUGAAUUAAACUUAUUUUAAAAUAAGAAAAUAUCUGAUAGAAAGAGUAGCAAAGAUUUACAAAAAAAUGAACACAUUAUGAUAGAAAAAAAUGAAAGAAAUUAAUAGAAGCAACUUUCUUUUAAAAAGCAAUUAACAUAAAAACCUUUAAGAGAUUAUAAAAGCAACUAAUAACUUUUUAUAAAAUCUAAGACUAUAUUAGGAAAUCAAGCUGCUAAUUUCUAAUUGAAUUAUGAAAUUUCUUAAAAUAACCAAAGUAGCAACAAUAAUAGAAACGGUAAUUCACCUUCUAAUAAAAAAAAUAGUUUAAGUUAAUAGUAAGAUAUUUAUAAGAUGAAUUAAGUUAGCUACAAUAAUAAUCAAAAUAAUUUUAAUUAGACAUCUAAUUAUUAUAAUAAGUAUAGAGGUGCUUUUGAAUCCUCUCCAAUAAAUAUUAAAUAGGAAUUAUCUAAUAUAUCUAAUUAAUAAAUUUAAAUGCAUUAUUAGUAAUUAUAAAAAUAACAGCAACAGCAAUAACCUUUGAGUAAGUAGAGGAAUUCUAUUUUCAUUUUAAAUCCUAAUACUGCAAUAAUUCAAGCUGAUACAAACCUAUAAUCUUUUAGUAUGUUAGAUAGCUUAUAAAACAACCGUUUAAGUAUAAAUAACUUGAACUAAAAUCAAUUAAUCGAUCCUCUGAUUUAUUAAUUUGCUUUUAAUAAUAAUCUAAAAGUUACAGAACAGAUGUAUUAUACAGAAUUUGAUACAGCAAGAGAGUAUUUAAUUUAUUUUCCAAAUAGUAACUACACAAUCGUAAUCAAAUAAAUAAAAACUAAACAUAGAAUUAAAUAAAUUUAAAAUCUAAAAAUUAGUAAACUUCAAACUUUCACAAGAUUAAAGCAAUCUUAAACAUAAACUAAUAUUGGAAUAAAUUGA